AUGGAUAGUCAAGACGAUAUCAACUAUUUCAUAAAAGAACUCGAGCUCCACGAAGAUUUUCCUAAAAAAGGAGUGAGGUUCAUUGACAUUAUGCCAAUUUUCAAAAAUAAAAGAUGUUUACACAUAUUAAUUGAGCAGUUCAAAAGUUUUAUUCCAAGAAAUACAAACGUUAUCAUAGCUCCAGAGCUACGAGGCUGUCUGAUUGCGACAUACGUAAGCUUUGCUUUGGACCUACCGCUUGUGGUAGCUAGAAAACCAAAGAAAUUGCCUGGAAAAUUAAUUACAGCAGAAUACAAGACAGAAUACAGCGUUGAUCAACUUCAGAUCAAAGACGGUGCCCUUAAAAAGGACGAUAACGUGUUCAUUAUUGACGAUGUCAUGGCAACGGGCGGUACUUUGCGCGCUUUGUUAAGCAUUAUAGAACAACUAGAAAGUACCUGUACCGGCAUUGGUGUAAUCACUAGAAUCGACAAAUUUUCAACUGACGACAUAACUGUUCCUGUUUACAAAAUGUUUUAA